AUGAUGUCCCACAUUCCAGAAACCAAUGUCAAGCGCAAAUGGGUGACUAUCGAACAAACAUUCUACAAUACGGGCACUUGGGCACUGCAACUUAUCUACCUGAUCUACAACAGCGGGUUGUUGACCAACAAAGACGAGGAUGAUUUGUUGAAAAUUAGGCCGGAACUGGCUCCGGCAUUGGACCUUUUCCGUCGACAUGAAGCAUCAUCUCGUGCUAUCACUGCUGCUGUGACCAAGUUCGAUCCUCAAGUUUCCAACCUCCUAGCAGUCGGAAAUGCGAUUAACUUUGACCGCCGUGGCGGCUACGAUUCCACGGUUCCAAUAGCAGCUCUCAUUAGUAGUGAUUCAGCUGUGUCCAUUCAGCUUGUGGAAUUGGAAGAUGAGGAAAUCGCGUGGCCCCCAGAUAGUGAUCGCCUGGCUAAAAUCCCUACUUUCCAUACCCGUGGGAGGGCGCGGUGGGUGGGGACUGCUGGCCCUGUACAACAAAUAUGCUUUGCGGAAACUGUGGAUGAAAAAAGUACAUGGUUGGCUGUGCGGUUUAUACAGUCCACGAUUGUAUUUCGUCCCCAACGGAACAAGCUUUCGCUUUCUGCCCAUUAUGAUGAUAUGAAUUUUAUGCGUGAAAAUCUGGCGGAUACCCGUUUGGAUGCUAAUCCGAUCCUUAGCAUCUCCGUUUCCGCAACUGGCGGUGUCCCACACGCUGGUAUUACGUUUAACCCUUGGUAUCAACAACAGAUAGCGAUUGUCGAUCGCUUAGGAAAUUGGACGGUUUGGGAUAUAGGAAAGCAGCGCCAUAGUACAUAUUGGUGUGCAGACCGCGGUCAAUCAGGCAGGCUGUACCCAGAGGAAACUCCACAUUCUGAUGAAUCUUUCCAACGAGAUCAUUAUGAUGGAUGGGCUGCUAUUUUAUGGGUGGGAAAUAUCCAUAAGUUGUUGGUUUGCGACAGACGGAAUAUUGCCUUGUAUCGAAUAGACACUGAUCCCGUGCAGCGCCAUACGAUUGACGUUGAUAUUCAGCGGGAGUCUGAGUGGAUUUUGGACAUUAAAAGGAGCCAGUCCAACCUCUCGAAUAUAUUUGUUCUUACAACAACGCAGCCAAUCUUAGACUCCAGCAUCGCCGAUCCCACAAAUGACGGCAAAGCCCUUAGUCUUGUCAAAUUUAUGGGUCAGCGCUCCAACUUGGAAGUUAUUGAGGCUUUAUAUGUCGCGAGGGCAGAUGGUGGGGACGAAACUUACGAGCCAUUUAGUUCCACUCCACCACGGUUGAAAACCGAGAAGAGUGCAAAACGUGUUGGUGAUGAUGAUGAUGAUUUCAUAGUGGAUGAUUUGAAUGAAGUAGUCCUACCACUAUCCUAUGAGCGGAGGAAUUGGAAUACAAAUAUUGAAAAUACCCGGGGACAGCCAAUACGUGCAUUUCCAUAUGUUGAGAACUGGGUUGAUAUCUAUGGGCUGGCUUCUGCGGCUGUUACUGAGCAAAUAAGAAGCAGAGGGAAGUCAACUAUUUCCGACAAGAAAACCCAAACAUUCUACCAUUGGCUGGAGGAUUUGAAUAGCAACUUUGGGAAACUGGUUCUGGGCGAUUCACCACUAUCAUCAAACUGCAGAACAAUGCUUGAUAUUGUCCCGACCCCUCCGUUUUUGGAUGACAUCGAUCGAAAUACCCACGAUUUUGACCAGUUUUUGGCACGACUAGCGGAUCCUAUGCAAAAUAUGCUACCCACUGGAUACGAAGUCACUCAUAUACCAAUUUCUUAUAUCUCAUCCUCAAAUGUAGCAAUACCCGAUCAUGUUUCCAACCGCACAACACCCGCAAACAUCACUAAUUUCUACGACUCCCUUGUCCGCGACUGGCUCUUCCCGCUCCCAGGUGACUUCCCAAAUAAGAUCCGAAUGGCCAAAGAAAAGAUCAUACGAAACUAA